UUCUACCAACCGCACCGAAGCCAAAAGUGACACAUUCAUCGUGCGGUGCUGCCUGCUUGGAUCUCCUUCGUCGGCGUUCCCCGGAAGAAAAGUGACCACGGAAAAGCUGAUUUUUGUCCAGUUUAGUGCGCCUACUUUGCCGGUGACGAAACGUUGUUCAACUUGCUGAAAAAGUAAGUUUUAGUGCAGAAUCGACAAUCGGCGUUGUUCCGGCGGAAGAUUUUCGACUCAACUCGACCUCAUCAAGCGCAGCAAGACACAAAAUGGCUGACAACCAGGAGAAUGGCUACGACGAGGCGAGCGACUUCAAGCGCAAAAACAACAACAAGCAAACGCCGGAUGCGGACGAGGACAUGGACGCCGAGAGCCAGCAGCAGUCCCAGAAGGCGCAGGAGUACAUCAAGGGCAUGAUGGCCGAGCGGCAGGCGCUGGACCGCAAGUAUCCGAUUGCGGACCGGCUUCUGGAAGUGGAAAUUGAAUCCGUCCAGAAAUCGGGCAAACCGCCGGCGCGUCGCUACAUCGACAUCUACCGCGAGAAGCACAUCAAGGUCGGGGUGAAAAUCCUCGUCCCCAUCAAGGAGCACCCGCGGUUCAACUUUGUCGGCAAGCUGCUCGGCCCGAAGGGAAACACGCUGAAGCGCCUCCAGGAGGACACCAUGUGCAAGAUGGCCAUCCUGGGACGCGGCUCGAUGAAGGACCGCAAAAAGGAGGAGGAACUGCGCGCCUCGAUGGACACCAAGUACGCGCACCUGUCCGACGAUCUGCACGUCGAAGUUAGCGCGAACGGACCGCCGGCGGAAGUGCACGCCCGGAUCGCGUACGCCAUGGCCGAACUGCGCAAGUACCUGAUCCCGGACAGCAACGACUUCAUCCGGCAGGAGCAGAUGCGUGAACUGAUGGAGGACCAGGACCCGGAGGUGGCGGUCCCGCCCAAGAAGGUGUACAAACCGAAGCCGAUCCCGAUGGAGCAGCCGACGCCGCCGCCACCGCCGCAGAUUGCCAUGUCGCGACCGCUGCCCGCCCAGAAGAAGGUGCUGUCGAUUUUGGACAAGGCGCGCGCCGCCAUGGAGGACACGCACGGACCAAGCGCUUCCACUUUCAGACAAAUGGCCCCGGCCCAGCGCUACGAGGAACCGGUGUACGAGCACGGGUACGAACCGACGUACGCGUACCACCCGUCCGGUCCGCCCGCGCCCCGCCCCAAGUACGCCCCCGCCCCGCAGGAAGCCCCCGAGUACGAGCAGGAGUACCGCCGUGAGUACUACCGAGAGCCGGCCCCGUACGCAGCCGCCAAGCCAGCCCAGGUCACGCCCGGCUCCCGCACCUGGAAGCCGUCGUCGUCGUACGUGACGCAGCCGCCGUCCCGCGUCGUCCACCUGGAGGAGGCGACCAUGAUGAAGCGCGAGCCGGUGCCCCGGUACCGCCACGCGCCGUACACGCGACCGCAGAAGUAAAGAUCUCCCUCCCCCCCCCCGCGCGCCACUGUCUGUCCAGCGUCAACUAUUUUUGGGGCACUGUUCAAACAAAACUGUAACGAGAAAACAUGAAAUGGAAUAAAAACCGGUUUGAAAUCAAUUUCUUGUGGGGCCACGUCAAGUGGUAUUUGGCAAAAAUGUAGUUUGUAAUAGUAUUUUAAGAUAUUUUCUAUAGCAGUAUCAGCCGAGCUUGCUAACUUAGCCAACCUUUGAAUUGUAUUUGUGGAAAUAUCACAACUUCUCAAGCGCUAAAUUAAAUGUUCGUUUAUGUAAUGCCAAGUUUCGAGAAUUUGUCGGUUCGACAAUCGAGCUAUUUUUUAUGGGGUGUAAGAAGCUGUCAAAACAAUGAAGUACCACCAAGGUAUGUAGAUUAGUAAGGUAAGGCGGGGUUUGAAGCUGUCAAAAUAACGAAACCCGGAUUUUCUAUGGCAAUUUUCAGUCAUGUGAAAAUUUUAAUUUUACCAAUUUACGCAUAUAUUUUUCAAAAAAAAAAUCAUCUAAAUGCGUUUUUUUCCGUUCAGUUUGGCAUGCUUAACAAAAAAACCGGUGAAAUUUGCCCGGAAAAUGGUCAAAUUUUCACUAAUCUGAAAAUUUCCAUAUAAAAUCCGGGUUUCGUGCUAACUAUUUUGACAGCUGGGAAUUCCCGCCUUACCUUAUCUAAUCAACAUUCCUCAUGGAAGUACCACUUGUCAAACUUCCUUUGGUCUCAUUGAGAGUGGCUUCCUACUGAGUUUGACAGCUUGAGAUUUCAAAGGUUGUUUGGCGAAACUUGAAGCUGCCCAACUAUUGACCGAUGCACGAAGUGAGUUGUUUACAUUUGUUUGGUACACUCCGCAAACGUCAAACCAUACACGUUUGCUGAGGGUGCCGAAAAUUUUAGUUAAGACAAUGCAAACAUCUGGCUUUCUAGUCGGAAAUUUACCAAAACAUUCAAAGUAUGUUUACAUGACAGCUGGAGGUUUGUUUGCAUCAGGUUUCCUGUCUCUUUCUAGCGAAAGAUUUUUGUCAUGCGACUCCUAGCGGGUUAUUUUUACUGACCGCUCGAUACGUCCGCCAACAUACUUUGCAGGGCUGUGACAGCUCGAGCGCGAUCAUUGUAUGCAUCAGGACACUGUGACAAGAAGUUCGUCAUUUUUGGGUUAAAUUUUAUUUUUUUUUUCACUGGGCCUAGAAAGUCUUAUUGGAAGUUGAAAUCUAUGUGAGAUCUUCAAAAAAAAAUGGUUCCAUUGCAAAGUCUAAAUAUAUAUUUUUUUUAAUUUUGGAAUUAUUGUUUUUUUUUGCUUUCAGAUUUUUUUUAUUAAAAAAAUUAAAUUCAGGUUGCCUCUCAAGUCAGGAAUUCGCCAAAAUCCGCCGAAAAUCGAGAAAAAGUCGAGAAUUCCAAGCAUUCUUGUUUAAAAUUUAAAAAAAUUGUAAUAUUUUGUGCAAUUUUCAAAUUAAAUUCACUCAAUUCUGCUUUAGUAACUUACUUUAAAUUGAAGGUUUUCAAUAUUUCCAUAUAUUUGAGUUUGGAAAAGCUGACAUUCAAAAUCAUAAUUGGAUGCCUUUUACACAGAUUUACAUAAUAUUUUUUUAUCAAAAGAACGCUAUUAUUUUUUGUGUAUCAAACAAGACGCAAAGUUCAUGUAAAACUAAUAUAAAAAUAAGGCCUAAUGGAAAGGUUAGAGUUAUGAUUCUAUUUCAUUUUGUCAAAUAGAUUGAAUCUUUGAAAACAGAUUCCGACUUGAGUUUGGCAAUGGUUUUUUUUUAAGUAAAUAUUUCUAAUUGGUUAACUAAAUUCAUUAAGUAAUUUCAAAUUAUUAUUUUUUCCAAAUGUUACCCUUGAACUUUUUUGUGAGUACAUAUUCGUAAAUUACCUACUAUAGAUAUUGAAAUUAAAAAAAAACAUCAAUCCAAGAAAUUUUGAGUAAUUGCAAAAUUGUUUUUAAAAAAAUGGUAAAAAAACAGUACUGACUGAUAAAAAAAUUCAAUAUCAUAAAUUAUAAAAGGAUUUGGCAAAAACAUUUUUUUAGGAAGUGCUGCCGAAUCUUUUACCGAAAAAAAAAGUUGAAAUAGAAAAAUGCGUGUAAUCCUUGCAAUUCUGCUAUUUUCUAUCAGCUCUGAUUUUCCGCUCAAAGAUCAGAAAUCACUCACUCAUCGCCGAACAGAGCGCGCAACCAUUCGCGAGCGAACACGACCCACUAGCUGCCAGCGCUUUGGCCAAUAGCUUCACACAGCGAAACAAAUACUUCGUGAAUUUCUUUGCCUACUCUGUCCGUCAACCCGAGCCAUAAACGAAUAUGUUCGGAGAGGAGAGAAACAAUAAAAUCUCAGCGAAGCGAUCACUUGGCCUGCACAGGCACAGUUUGCCGUCAAUUUACAUUUAGCAUGGUGUUUGAUAAAUGAUCAAAACAAAGCCGAUCGCAGACUAUUUCAAGUCAGCUCUGAGCGACACAGCGCAAAUCGCUGUACUACCCGAUUGGAAUGAGAGGGAGAGCAAAGAGAGAGUAUUCAGCAGCGAUCGGUGUGGAAGUGACAAACGGUAGGAAACGGUCAGAGCAGUUUUUCGUCGCGUUCGAUUUGUGAUCGCGAGUGAAUGAAUCUUGUUUGAGCAAUCAGCACCCUCGAUCUAAACAAAACAUCUAGGGCCGAUAAGGUUGGUUAAGUCGGUAAGUCGGCUCAGCACUGCUAUUCAAAUCUCUAAAUUUAAAUACGCAAGAUUGAGAAGAGAACAAGAAAUCUAAUUCUCCCAUUCCAAAACAAUACACUAUUUGCGAAUGAACAAAAAAUAAUGAAUUUUAAUAUUUGCAUGAGCAAAACUUUUUUUUAAAAGCGGAUUGAAAUUGCCAAAUAUUCAGCGUGACGAGAACCCUAUUCAUAUAAAUAGUGAUUUGUUUUUUUGUGGCAUUUGGCGCUGGACUCAUCGAGGGAAUGGCAAAAAAAGACAGUGAAAUUCAACAGAUUUUUUUACUUUUUGAGAUUUGGGAGACAGUCAUGAAACAAAAGAAGAAAAAAAACAACAAAUGUUUAAAAGUAAAUGUUUAAACCAGCAAAACGACGAUUAAAAACCCAUUAAAUAUCAACAUGGCGAACAGUUUUGAGCUCUGCAAAAUAACAAAAAAAAACACAACAGCCGUUAAUAUUCAAAUAUUGUAAGCAAACAAAGCAAAACUCACAUGCAAGUGGUACGAAUAACAAAAUAUAAAAAAAAUCUUUGAAAAAAAAUAAUAUCGCAAAAAUUUUAGCAAGUAGAAAAUAUUCAAAUGGAAAUAAUAAAACCAUAAAAUAUUUGUCGCUUAACACUAUAAUAAAAAAUAAAUAAAUACACUUUAUUGUCCCAUAAAGCUUCUAAUAAAGUAUAACCAAAAAAAAUAAAAUAAAAUUAUAAAACAAAUUAAGCAAACAAAACAUGUCUAUUUUUGUGGCAAGAUGUCACCUUGAAAAAAAAAACGACAGAAAAAAAACACUUUAUUUGAUAGUUUGCACCCUAAAAGGUGUGAUUUCGAACAUUUGGUAGAAAGUCAAAAGUAAAUUAAAAUGAUCAAAGGCUGUUUGUAUUGUGUUUGCAUUGAAGAGCAAUUUGAAAACAGUUUUCGUGUCAUCUAUUCAUCAAAGUAAUGUCAGUUAAAAUGCAUAACAACUAAACUUGAAAAUAAAGAAUUGCUGAAAUCAUAACAACAAAGAACAAUUGUAAGAGAAAUACUUUGGCAAAAUUAAAUAGUUAGUAAUAAAAGCAAAUAACAGUUACAGAAAACAUUGUCAAAAGAGAAUACCUACAACAAAUGCAAAAAGUGAAUAAUACAUACACAUAAAGGAAUGUAAAAUUAAAGUAAAAGUAAACAUACCUGUAAUUUGCAACUUUACUCAUAAAUAUUCUUCAACUAUUCAAUAACUGCAACUAAAAUUAUAUAAAUAAAUCAUCAUAAAAAGGAAAAACAAAAAAAAACAAUUUGUGUGGAAUAAAAUCUCCCGUCUCAGACAAAGAAAAA